GCAUCAGUACAUAAUCCUGAUCUUAGCAGAUACUAAAAAAAAGCAGCUGUCACAUCAUGGAGGACUCUAGUACUGCUGGUGUGUCCAGGUAUAUUGGAGAUACAGCCACUCAACCAUCACUGGGAGGCACAGACAAUGAACAAUUGCUACGGCAGCCAUUUAUUAAUAACUCAAAGCAGCCGAGUGAGCAGCUCCUAGGGGAGGUGUCACCACGGGAACAGGACGAAGACAAGGCAAUGGGGCAGGAGAUGGUUGUCACUCCAAUACCUGAGAUUGCCUUUACCCCUGGGGACGCCAGUGAGAGCAGUGGUCAUGCAAAGGAGGAGAGUCAGUCGGACAGUAGUGCGGAGUCACUGCUGGUACAAGGUUACAGCAGCGAGGAGAGUAGCCAUGACAAGCUGAGGUCAGUCAGUAAGGACUGGGUACUGAAUGAGAUUCAGAAAGUCAAAGAGGACAGCAAACAGGAAAGGGAUAAACUCUCUCAGCAGGUAUCGGAGUUGACAGCCAGGUUUGAGAAAACAGAUGAAGAGCUUAAGAGCAAACAGAAAGAAUUGGACCAAUGUCAGAAAGAGCUGGAUACCUUCAAGAAACAAGUCAAAUCUUUGACAGAGGAACUGGAACAAGAGGUAUCGACCAGAACUGAAUUGGAGGAUAAGCUAAAGAUGAGCACAGAGCAAGUGAAGCAGAGAGAAGACAAAGUUGGGGAGCUUGAGGUGGUAGUCAAGAAACUACAGGAAGAGCUCAAAAAAGAGAAACAGAAUAACUCGACAGCCGAGACUGUUGAUAGACUGGUUAGGAGUCAUACUGACCUUAUACAAGAGCUGAGACAAGAUAACCAUAAAAUUAUUUCAGCCACUCAGAGUGAUCCAGGUUCCCCCACCGAGACCGAGUGUAAAUUCUCGUUCCUAAGUGGAGAGGCCCACCCCCCUGACCCCCAACACAACAGAACCAUCCAAUUCAUCCCCAGUCCCACUUGGCCACCAUCACAGCUAGAGCACCAGAACUCUGUAGACUAGCUAUUAACUUUUUUCAAUCAUGUCCUGCAUUGCCCAUAAUUAUAAAUUAUGUAAUGUAUUCAUUAUUUCUUCUUCCUGUCUACAUGUACAAUGUAUAAUUUAAUUAUGUAUAAAGGAAUGUAA